AUGAAAGCGCUCCAACAGACUGGCAGGAGAGCAUCAGAGUGGCACGCACUCAUCAGGAGACCUUUCACUACCCUCAUCGAGGAUGCGUUUGGUGUGCCUCCGAGACAACAAAUUCGAAGAGUGGUAGUCACUGGUCUUGGGCUGGUGACUCCCCUAGGCAUUGGCUUUCAGAAUGUCUGGAACAGACUGCUACAAGGGGAGUGUGGCGGGAGGGGCGGUGUGGUCCUACAGGGACAUGACAAGGCCCUCGAGAAGCUGUCCAGCAGGGUGGCUGCGAUGGUGCCAGAGGAGCAGUUCCGUGAGGCGUUGGAGGCAGCUGGUCUGAGAGCCAGCAACUCACGCUUUGUCAACUUUGCUGAACUGGCUGCCAUCGAAGCGCUGCAGGAUGCAGAAUGGGAGCCGGUGAGCGAAGCAGAGCAUCAAGCCACCGGCGUGGCGAUCGGAUCAGGGCUGAGCUGCACAACGGAUCUGGCAGAGGCUGGCGUGCAUGUCACACAGGGCUCCGUCCGAAAGAUCAGCCCGUUCCUGGUAACGCGGAUCCUGGCCAACUCGCCGGCAGGCGCGGUGAGCAUCCGGCACGACUUCCAAGGCCCCAACCGGGCGGCGGCGACAGCGUGCGCGGCCGGGGCUGACGCGAUAGGGGACGCCUUCAACCUGAUCCGCCACGGCGACGCUGAUGUCAUGGUGGCCGGGGGGACCGAGGCAUGCGUGGACUCCGUGGCCCUGGCCGCCUUUGGCAGGAUGAAUGCGCUGAGCGCCAAGUACAACGACGAGCCGUGCAAGGCCUCGCGCCCGUUUGACCGCGACCGCUGCGGCUUUGUGCUUGGGGAGGGCGCCGGCGCGCUCGUCCUGGAAGAGCUGAGCCACGCCAUCGCGCGCGGAGCACCCCACAUCUACGCAGAGCUGCGCGGCUAUGGAAGUUCGGCGGACGCCAACCACAUAACCCAGCCGCCGGCGGACGGCCGGGGCGCGGCGCUCGCGAUGCGGCGCGCUCUGCGCGAUGCGGGCACCAGCACCGCUGACGUGGCAUACAUAAAUGCGCACGGCACUGGAACGCCCCUCGGCGACGUGGCAGAGCUGCGCGCGAUCCAGACUGUGUUCGGCGGCGCAGGCCCUGACGCCGGCAGCGCUGUCCGGAAGCACAAGGGCGCCACAGGGCACCUGCUCGGAGCUGCAGGCACGUUCCUGACUUGGCAGCAUGCCGUCUUUGCAGUGAUGUCCCUUGUGGACAACACUGCGCCACCGACUCUGAACUUGGAGCACCCUGAGCCAGGCCCAUGGGAGGACUCCCUUGUUGGGCAGGAGCCGCAAAAGCUGCCGGUGCAGCCCAAACAGGUUGUCACCAACUCGUUCGGCUUUGGAGGGGUCAAUGCCUCGCUGGUUUUCUCUUCGCCCCCCAUCGUUCUGGAUGCUGUUGUGGAUGGCACACCCUGA